UUGUGUGAGAGCCCAGCGACCGAAGAUGAAGAGUUUGCUCCUGACCUUCUUGCUUCUGGGGCUGGUGGCUGUCCUGAGGGCCCAGGAAGUCCCAUCAGAUAACCAGGAGGAUUACUCUGGGAUCUGGUACCCAAAGGCCAUGGUACACAAUGGAAGCCUACCCAGUCACAUGAUACCUUCAAAGGUUUUCCCUGUCGUGGUAACAGCCCUGGAAGGAGGAGACAUGGAGGCCAAGGUUACAUUCUGGAAGAAAGGGCAGUGUCAUGAGCUUAAGUUCGUGAUGAAGAAAACCGCCGAGCCUGGCAGAUACACCACCUUUCAAGGCAAGAGGUCCGUUUAUGUCGUAGAGCUCUCAGUGAAGGAUCACUACAUCUUCUACUGUGAAAGCCAUCAGCGUGGGAAGUCGUUUGGCAUGGGAAAGCUCAUGGGGAGAGACUCUAAGGAAAACCCAGAGGCCGUGGAAGAAUUUAAGGAGUUCGUACGGCGCAAGGGACUGAGCGAGGAAAACAUCUUCAUACCAGAGUUGAAUGGUGAGAGCAGGACUGCCCGGCCUCUGCCUGUGUCCCCUGUGUCACUGUGCCUCUCCGUGAGGGCUUGUGUGGGCUCUAAGAGCUCUGCCGGCAGCAGAGACACGGGGAAAGUUGGGCGACACUGGCUGACCAAUGCCCGAGGAGCAUGGCAGCUGACUUUCCUGGAGAGCCAGGUAUGCACAAGCCGCGGCCUAGGCGUGGAGGUCGUGGUACAACUUUAUGUUGGCAGUUCUCUUCCCAGUUACACGUGGCUUCUGGGGACUGAGUCAAGGGGUCAGGCUGUGUAUGGCAAGUGUGAUUUUCACUCACGGACUGACCCUGCUGGUGCCAAAGGCGCUUUUUCUUCACUGAAUUUAAGCAUCUGGAGGCUCUGA